UCAACUCUACCUCUUACGAUGUCGGAUGGCAGUGUAGAAAUCGGUGAGAAGAGCUCAAAGGCACCAUCGCUCGAGCCUGCCACCAUCUCCUUGGAAGAGGCGUACCUUUCACCUGAACCCGACGUGAAAAUCCCAGAUGGUGGACUCAAGGCAUGUCUGGCGAUUCUUGGCGGUUGGUUGAUACAGUUCUGCACAUUCGGCAAUGCCACGUCGUUUGGAGUGUACCAAGAUUAUUACGUUCAACAGGGCACUGCAACAUCGUCCGCGAUUAGCUGGAUUGGAUCUGUGCAGAUAGCUCUCCUCUUCCUCGUCGGAAUUGUGUCGGGCAGACUGUUCGACAAGGGGUACUUCCACCAUGUGUCGAUCGUUGGGACCUUAGUGUUCUGUUUCUGCCUCUUCAUGCUGUCGUUGGCGGACCCCACAAAAUACUACCAGCUCAUCCUCUCUCAAGGCAUCGGCAUGGGUUUCGGCGGCGGACUGCUGAUGUGCCUGACUGUCUCGAUGCAGGCCCAUCACUGGGACAAACACCUCUGUCUUGCCAUGGGCAUUGUGCAAGCAGGGUCGUCGUGCGGAGGUAUCGUCUACCCGAUCUUGGUGAAUCAGCUCUUCUACGGAUCGACCGGCUUUGCUUGGGGCGUGCGUGCUUCGGGAUUCCUCUCGCUAGGCCUUUUGACGAUCGCGUGCUGCAUCAUGAGAACUCGUCUGCCGAAGGCGAAGGCAGGCGUUAACGAUCAGCCUUCAAUGAAGUCUAUUCUGUCUGACAAGCCCUAUAUGCUUAUGAUCUUGGGACUUUCUCUGGUUUCAUGGGGCAUAUUCUUCCCCUGGUUCUACCUUCAAUCUUGGGCUAGAAUUCACAAUUUGCCGUCGGAGUUAUCGUUCUACACCAUUGCCAUCUUGAAUGCAUCCUCCAUUCCCGGACGGAUCAUACCGAGCUUGAUGGCAGAUCACUGGGGAUCUCUGACCGUCAUCUGCCCGAUAUCAGUCAUCAGCAGCGCCCUCAUAUUUGCCAUGUUUGGCACAACUACGACUGGCCCUGUGAUGGUCUUCACGAUCUUAUACGGUUUUUUCACUGGCGCUUGGCUUGCAUUGAUUCCGGUAGUCUUGUCGUCUUUGGCAAAGAGUAACCGUGAAGCUGGGGUUCGCAUUGGCGUCGGUUUCUUCAUUAUAUCCUACCCAAUCUUGACCGGGACUCCCAUCAAUGGAGCACUACUCGGAGACAACUAUCAGUGGUACAAAACCCUUUUGUUCAGCGGCAUCCUAAUGUCUGUGGGGUCCGUCAUCUUGAUUGGCACAAGACAAAUAGUUGCGAAGGGAAAGGGAACGCAGAAGGUGUAAGAUGAUCACAUGCAUGAGUGGGUGAGGAUCAGCGUCGUGCCGAGCGAAUAUUGACGUUCCCGUUUCUGUGGCGUCGUCUUAACGGAAGCGCGUGAUUACUCUCG